AUGCGCUACGAGCUACGCAAUGCGCGAACCGUAAGCUGUCUUCUACUCCCGGCGCAGCGUUUGAACUAUAAGCAGAUGACAACACGCUUUCCGCACCUAAAGGGACUUCCAAUAGAAGAUUACGAUCUAGUACGACCAAAGCUCUUGAUCGGACUGGACAACCUUCGUCUCGGGGUUCCGCUGCGGUUGCGUGAGGGAGGACCGUUUGAUCCUAUUGCCGCUAAGUGCCGAUUAGGUUGGGCAGUAUAUGGCGCAUCAACGAAGACGCUACCGAGUGCGAGUGUUAACUUCCACGCGGCUGCGUCGCCUACCGUGGAUGAUUUGCUAAACGAACAGCUUCGGGAUUAUUUCACUAUGGAAGAAAACGGAACUACUAAUCCAGGACAGACAAUUGAAUCAGACGAGGACAAAAGAGCGAGGCAAUUACUGAGGGAUACAACGAGGCGUACAAAAGCUGGUUUCGAGUCUGGUCUUCUAUGGAAAGUUGACGAUCCGAAGUUCCCGAAUACGUAUCCAAUGGCCAUUCGUCGGAUGAAAGCGUUGGAGAAGAAGUUGCAGGGAAAUGCUGCGUUAAAGCAACGAGUUAGCGAACAAUUAUGCGACUACGAACGAAAGGGCUAUAUACGCAAAAUCAGCCAGUCAGAAGCCAACUCCAUUGAUAAUCGAAAGACUUGGUUCCUCCUUUUAGGAAUCGUCAUCAAUCCGAAGCCGGGAAAAGUUCGGUUGAUUUGGGACGCUGCGGCAAAAGUUGGUACAGUGUCCUUCAAUUCGUGUUUGCUAAAAGGGCCUGAUCUUCUAACGCCUCUGCCAAAAGUACUCAGCAGUUCCCGAUUGUUUCCCGUGGCAGUUUCAGGGAACAUCAGGGAGAUGGUUUUACAAAUAAAACUGCAAGUUAGCAACAAGUACACCCAAAUGUUUGUAUAUCGCCACAAGCCUGAGGACCCGGUCCAAAUCUACGCUAUUGAAGUCACCAUGUUUGGUUCCACGUGCUCUCCGUCUACGGCGCAUAUCGUCAAGAAUGCAAACGCCCAGCAGUACGCGCCACAUGUAUCGAUGGCAAUCAUCGAACACCAAUAUGUGGACGACUACCUGGACAGCUUCAUGACAGUAGACGAAGCUACACAGGUGGUAAACGAAGUCAAACUUGUCCACUCAGAUGGCGGAUUCGGAAUACGCAACUUUCUGUCGAAUGAAGGCGAAGUACUGAGGAGAACUGGGGAGAUCGAACCAGAUUCACCCAAAGAUUUUGCUCUUAUGCGUGCAGAAACUACUGAAUCAGUGCUCGGGAUGAAGUGGAUCACAGCCGAAGAUGUCUUCACAUACAGUUUCGCUAUGCGCGACGAUCUACUGCAUAUUCUCGAUGAAGAUCACAUCCCGACGAAGCACGAAGUCCUGAAAGUGGUCAUGAGCCUUUUUGAUCCCUUGGGAUUCCUGUCUUUCUUCUUAGUCCACGGUAAGGUAUUGAUGCAGGACAUUUGGGCAUCGGGAAUCGGCUGGGAUGAACCAAUCGGCGGGCAGCUCCACACCCGUUGGCGUCUAUGGACCAACUACUUGCCGCAAUUGGACACACUGCGGAUUCCUCGAUGCUAUUUUCGUGCUCCGUUCCCCACCAACUUCGACGGAGUAGAACUCCAUGUGCUCGUCGAUGCUAGUGAUUCCGCGUACGCUUGCGUUGCAUAUUACCGCCUCGAAACGCAGAAUGGAAUUCAUGUAGCCCUGAUCUGUUCGAAAAACAAGGUGGCACCUCUCAAGGUACUAUCGAUCCCUCGCCUGGAGUUGAAAGCAGCGGUCUUGGGAGUUCGGAUGCUGGAGUCAGUGCAUAGCUAUCACACCUAUCCUAUUUGUCGACGGUUCCUCUGGAGCGAUUCAAGUACUGUGCUGGCAUGGAUUCAGUCUGAACAUCGCCGAUACAAUAAAUUCGUUGCCGUUCGCAUUGGCGAGAUUCUAACAGCAACCGAUGCCCGCGAAUGGAGAUGGGUUCCCUCCGGUCUAAACACGGCAGAUCUCGCCACUAAGUGGAAGAAUGGGCCAGAUUUCUCGCCGAAUACUCCUUGGUUCAACGGACCGUCGUUCCUUCAGAGGACUUCUGGCCUCAGCAAGUGCAACCAAUAA